AUGGUUGUCGCUUCUAUAGUCGAAGGCGACGUUAUGUUCAAGUCGCCAUCGCCGUCGCUUCGAUUCAAAAAUGUUCAAGUGUUUAUCCUCACUCACGAGAAUGUAUUAGUAGUGCAGCGGCGAGUGCUAAGGCAGCAAACAGACAUAUUUGCAUUGCCUGACUCCAAAUUUGAAAAUUACUUCAGGAUUAACAAGGACUGUUUUCAGGAUGUGCUAAAAGAAAUUUCGCCAAAGUUGAAAAGUGGACGCCGGUCAUUGGCUCUUAGGCCUGAAAUAAAAUUAGCCACAGCAUUAAUAUUUUUAGCGCAAGGAUCUUAUCAGACCAGUGUCGGAAAUGACUUCAAUAUUUCCAUUGCACAACUCACUGUGAGUGUUGUAUUGAAGGAAAUUUUGGAAGCUUGUGAAGCAACAAUCUGUUGUAAGUGGAUUAAAGCUUCUAUGACGGAGGAAGAGAAGAAUUCCGCGAAAGAAUACUUUUUUACAAAUUCCGGAAUUCCUGGUGUGAUAGGUUGUGUGGAUGGAACCCACAUCAAAAUUAUUUCGCCAGGAAGAAACGAUGCAAAUAUGUAUUUCAACCGUAAAGGAUUUUAUAGUUUAAACACCAUGGUUGUAUGUGACCACAAAAUGAAAAUAAGGUAUUUUGAUGCAAGAUAUGGCGGAUCGGCACAUGACUCCUUAGUAUGGAAUGUAAGCGGGAUGAAACGUUUACUCCAGGAACGGUAUGAUGCAGGAGAACGAAAUUCAUGGCUACUUGGCGAUGCCGGGUAUCCUUUGGAACCAUUUCUAAUGACACCGUACCGAUCUACUACAGAAGGAAGUCGUGAAAGCAAUUUCAACAGCAAACAUGCAAAGGCAAGAAACAUUGUUGAAAGAACAAUUGGACUUCUUAAAUCACGCUUUCGGUGCCUAUUAGGAGCCCGUGAGCUGCACUAUAGCCCAAUCAAAGCUGCAGUAAUUGCAAAUGUGUGUGUUGCACUACACAACAUGUGCAUGGAUUUUGAAGAGGAACACUUGGAUGACAUCGAAAACAUAAUCAUGCAAGAACGAAAUUAUCAAGAAGAUGUUGAAGGCGCGUACUCCACCGAAGCUAGUCAAAUAAGGAACAAUAUAAGGGACAAUUUAUUUUAGCAAUAGCUAAAGAAAUCUAUUCAAUAAAAAAAAAAAAAAAACAAAAUACUACGCAUAAACAUUAAAAAUAUCUUAAACUAUAAAUU